CUUCCGGGUACGGUCGAGCAGGCAAAACAGGAAGAACAUGGAUUAAAAUACAACGCCAAGACGCCGCUUUUAAACACAGAGGUGACCCCCGUCAGCGUCGAUUCUGGAUUCUUGGAGAAAAUGACAUUUUAUUUUAAAAUUGUGUCACACCGAGUAUAGAACGUUAUUUUUUUUAACCGGAAAGCCGUCUUGUUAGCUUGAACCCCCGGUUAGCGUUAGCUCGUGAGAAUUAGCAUUAUCUCCUCUCCAUUGUUGACUCAUUCUCACCCGGGGAGAGCAGACAAGUGUGCUUUAUUGUUUCCCCAGUUUUACAUUUCACUAACUUCAACACCUACUCGAGAUGACAUUUUUUUAAACGCCCCCAUUUUCGGUUUUAAUUCUCGACGAAAUGGAUGUGAGCCGGACUCCAGUCACUUUAUUCAGGAAAUAACAUUUCCACGUCACUCGAUCGGAACCACGGCUUCUUCUUUUUCUCGCCAAUAGGGAAUUUCACCGACUAAUCCCCAGACUUGCAUUCGGGAAGAAGACGUUUUAAAAUUUUCCACAGCAACACUUACAUUUGGAGACUCUACUCAACAGUGAAGGAUGGAUAGCCUGUCUAUCAGUGAGCUCUGUGGCCUGUUCUGCUGCCCGCCUUGUCCAAGCCGUAUCGCAGCCAAGCUAGCCUUCCUUCCCCCGGAGCCCACGUACGCCUUCAUCCCGGAUGCAGAACCGGGCCCCAACGCUGCGGGGCCGACGAGGGCUUCGAGCCUGCGGCCUAGAAGCGGCGUGGCCGUCGCCGGGAGCGCACCGUCAGAGGGAAAAUGGAAACUUCAUCUGACGGAGCGCGCUGAGUUCCAGUACUCGCAGAGGGAGCUGGACACCAUCGAGGUGGCGCUCGCUCAAUCCAGCAGAGGGAACAAAAUCGGCUGCAUGUACAUCCGCUGUGCUCCUAAUUCCAGAUUCACGGUGCUGUUUUCCCACGGUAAUGCGGUGGACCUUGGCCAGAUGAGCAGCUUCUACAUAGGCCUCGGCACACGCAUCAACUGCAACAUCUUUUCCUACGACUACUCCGGCUACGGCGUCAGUGGCGGCAAACCCUCUGAGAAGGACCUCUAUGCCGACAUCGACGCCGCCUGGCACACUCUACGCACGCGGUAUGGUGUCAGCCCAGAGAGCAUCAUCCUGUACGGACAGAGUAUCGGUACAGUUCCCACGGUGGACCUGGCGUCUCGGUACGAGUGCGCUGCCGUGGUCCUUCACUCGCCGUUGACAUCUGGCAUGAGAGUGGCUUUUCCCGACACAAAGAAGACCUACUGUUUUGAUGCUUUCCCCAACAUCGAGAAAGUGUCCAAAAUCACAUCCCCAGUGCUCAUCAUCCACGGGACAGAGGACGAAGUGAUCGACUUCUCCCACGGCCUGGCUCUGUUCGAGCGCUGCCCCAAGGCAGUGGAGCCCCUGUGGGUGGAGGGGGCGGGACACAACGACAUCGAACUGUACAGUCAGUACCUGGAGCGCCUGCGUCGCUUUAUAGGACAGGAAGUCACCUUACCACAUGCCUGAACGCUCAUUUUGGAACCACUCCACCAGCUCAUUGUCUCAUUGACACAGCAUCACAUCAACACAUAAAACACAAACAUUUGUUUUGUUUCUGAAAAAUAUUUGACUUUGUUAUAUCCUCCAAAUUGAACAUUUUCUUUAAAAAAAAUACUUUUUUUCUUGGAAAAACAUGACUAAUUUUUAUUUAAAAAUAUCUACUUUUUUCAAAUUUGAAAAGAUUACUUUCUUGAAAAAAAAGAUGGUUAAAAUAUUUUAAAUGACAACAUAUCUUUUGUGAAAAACUGACUUUUUUUUUCAAAAUUGCAACAUUUUCUGGGGGGGAAAACUUUUAAAAGUGACUUUAAAAAAUGUGGUUGUUUUGAAGUCAGGGGUUUUUCAUAAACAAAAACAAUAUUUUUUAUAUUUACAUUAAUUUGAUUAUUUGACUUAGAAAAUGUGUUUUGUUUCUGAAAAAAAUGUGACUGUCAUAUUAUCAAGAUUUAACAUUUUCUUUAAAAAAACAAACUUAUUUUCUUGGAAGAACAUUACUAAUUUUCAUUAAAAAAUAUCCACUUUUUUCCAAAUUUGAAAAGAUGACUUUCUUGAAAAAAAAAAAAGAUGGUAAAAUAUUUUUUAUGAAAAUAUCUUUUGUGAAAACCUUACUUUUUUUGCAAGACUGCACCAUUUUCUGGGGGGAAUUUAAAAAAAAAAAAGUGACUUUAAAAAAUGUGGCAGUUUUGAAGUCAGGUGUUUUUCAUAAAUGAAAACAAUAUUUUUAAAAUUUACAUUAAUUUGAUUUUUUGCCUUAGAAAAUGUGUUUCCUUUCUGAAAAAAAUGUUGACUCUUUAUUAUCUUAAAAAAAAGGAUUUUUCUUUAAAUAAUCCCCUUUUUUCCAAAUUUUAAAAAAUGGCCUUUUCUUGGAAAAAAAGAGAUCAUUUUUCAUGAAGAAAAAUCCAAAACAUAUUUUGUAUAUUUAAUAUGAAUUGUUUUGUGAAAAACUUACUUUUUUUUCCAAGAUUGCAACAUUUUCUGGGGGUAAGAAAAAACUUAUAAAAGUGACUUUAAAAAAUGUGGUUGUUUUGAAGUUAGGUGUUUUUCUUAAAAGAAAACAAUAUUUUUUUUAAAUUUACAUAAAUUUGAUUAUUUGACUUAGAAAAUUUGUUGAGUUUCUGAAAAUAUUUGACUUUGUCACAUGAUCGAGAUUAAAAGUAUCUUAAAAAAAAAAAACGUUUUUUCUUUAAAAAUAUCCAAUUUUUUUCCAAGUUUGAAAAGAUGGCUUUUUCUUGAAAAAAAAAAAGAUGUUAAAAUAUUUUCUUGAAGAAAAAUCAAAAACAUAUUUUAUAUAUUUAAAAUGAAUUGUUUUGUGAAAAACUUACUUUUUUUCCCCAAGAUUGCAACAUUUUCUGGGGGGAAAAAACCUUAUAAAGGUGAGUUUAAAAAAAAUUGGUUGUUUUGAAGUGAGGUGUUUUUCUUAAAAGAAAACAAUAUUUUUUUUAAAUUUAAAUUCAUUUGAUUAUUUGACUUAGAACAUUUGUUAGGUUUCUGAAAAUAUUUGACUUUGUCGUAUGAUUGAAAUCAAAAUGUUCUUUAAAAAGUCCAACUUUUUUUUCAAAUUUGAAAACAUGACUGUUUUCUUGAAAAAAAAAAAGAUUGUAAAAUGUUUUUAUUUAAAAAAAAAAAAAAAAAAAAAAACUCCCUAAGCAUAUGUUUUAUCUUAAAAUGAAUUAUUUUGUGAAAAACUGACUGUUUUGCAAAAAUGCAAAUAAUUUUCUGGAAAAAAUUACUUUAAAAAAAUUUGGUUUUGAAGUCAGGUGUUUUUCCUGAAAUGAAAAAAAAAUUGUUUUAUUUACAUUUAAUUUGAUUAUUUAUAACACAGGAAACGUAUUAAAACAAUUUUGGCCUGCUCAGUAGACACAUUUUCCCCAAGAAGUCACAUUUUCUGUCUUGAAAAAUAAUUAAAAAAAUAAUUUUAUUCCCCGAAAAUUAAAUUAAAGUCAGAUUUUCUUCUUUUUUUAAAUGUUUUUCCUAAGAAAAAAAAAGACUAUGUUUUCCUGAUGAAAUACACAAAGCACUAUAAUACAGUAUAUUUACUUUCCCCCUCUCUGAAGUCCAUUCUGGUUCCAGAGAACGUGGGUCCAAACUUUAGUCUGGUUCUUUUUGUACAAAACCUCACGAAGAUACGUUUCGAGAUUGUUGUGUUCAUGUUUCUCAGGUUCUAAACUCAACAUGUAUUCAGCAUCAGAGCUGGUAGGGACUUUUGGCGCCCUCUAGUGUGGCGGACAUGAACUGCAGUUAAAUGGAAAGACUUGUCUUCUACCUCAAAACUGUCUUUGACUUUAAUUGUGUGACCGGAAGUCUCAAAGUCCACGGACUGUUGACUUGUUGGGCGAAUGUGAACGAAACCCACGUGACAUAACGGAACUUUGAGUUGUUUGAUGUGACUUUUAGGAGCGGUUAUUGUAACUCUUGUGCACACGAUGAAUGCUGCAAUACUUUUUAAAGCUGCUUUUUUUGGUGGCGGGAGCUUGAAUAGACGAUGAAGCCCUCCACCAGGACUUUGAAUAGUGGUUAUUAUUUCCUAGUUUGCACUAAACAUCAUCUCCAUUUUGAUGGUUUUUCUCACUGUAUUUGUACAAGAUGAUCACCGUGACCCUUUUCUAAUGUUUGGGUUCUUCUCUAAAGAUUUGAACGAUAUUAUUAUUAUAAGAACCUAUGUUGUUUUAUUUCCUUCAUGCACAUAUCUGAUGUAACCACAGUACUUUACUUGUUUGACUGCAGACAUGACUUCACUCAACUUUCAUUCUACCUUGGAACAAGAAUCCAAUAAACAUCCUGUCAGGAG